ACAAGGUGGUUGAUCUGAGGAAAAAGGCUGAAGCAUGUCCGCUACAUAAUAUAUAUAUAUAUAUAUAUGUUAAUUUUUAUUUUUAUUUUUUAUCAUCAAACAGAGACAUCAUAUUGAGGCAACAAAAUAGCAAUGGUUUCUUCAAGAUUGCUUCUCUUCCUCUGUCUCAUCUCCAUUGCUACUCGAGCCAUUGCUCAACCAACCUUCGUACGCCAUGUCUGUGACAACGAGAAAGGUAACUACACUACCAAUAGUACCUACCAAACAAACCUCAACCAGCUCCUCUCCUUCCUCUUCUCUAACACCGACAACGACUAUGGCUUUUAUAAUUCCUCCUACGGUCAAAACUCCGACCAAAUUUACGCAAUUGGCCUCUGCAGAGGAGAUAUUGAGCCGGAUGCUUGCCGUAGUUGCCUCAAUUACUCCAGAAAUAGUAUGACACAGCGGUGUCCUAAUCAAAAGGAAGCAAUUGAAUGGUACGACGAGUGUAUGCUGCGCUACUCGUACCGCUCCAUAUUUGGAGUCAUGGAAGCUAGUCCUUAUAUCUCUCUUCUUAACCCUCAAAAUAUCUCAUCCAACGUUGAGGCAUUUGAUGAAGAGCUUAAGAACCUGUUUGAUAAACUAAGAACUCAAGCAGCAGGUGGGAAUUCCCUUCGCAAAUAUGCAGCAGGAAAUGCGUCAUUCACUCAAAACUUCGGGACCGUAUAUGCACUUGUGCAGUGCACACCUGAUUUAUCACAGCGAGAUUGUGAAAAUUGCUUAGUUGAUGCUGUUAGUGGAACUGCUCGCGGAAAAAUUGGAGGGCAAAUACUUUUGCCCAGCUGUAAAAUUAGGUAUGAGCUCAACGAUUUAUUCUAUGAGCCUUCAGAUAAUAAUUCACCACCACCAUUUUCUCCUCCAAAUUCAACCACGCCUACCACAUCAAAAGAAAAGAAGACAAACACAACUCGGACGAUCGUGCUUGUGGUUGUUCCAACUGUUGUUUUUGUGGCACUAAUUAUCUCCGUCUGCGCCUACUUAAAAUUCAAAAAGGCAAAGGAAAGAGUUGAAAUUGAUCCUUCGAGUAAAGAUGUGGAAGAAAUUUCGAUCCAAGAAUCCCUUCAAUUUGAUUUUGGCACCAUUAGAGUUGCCACAAAUAACUUUUCUGAGGCAAACAAGCUUGGACAGGGUGGAUUUGGUCCGGUUUACAGGGGAAAGCUUUCCAAUGGAGAAAACAUUGCGGUUAAAAGGUUGUCAAAAAACUCUGGCCAAGGCGAUCAGGAAUUUAAAAAUGAGGUAUUGUUAGUUGCAAAGCUUCAACAUCGGAAUCUGGUUAAGCUCCUCGGUUUCUGCUUGGAAGGAAGUGAAAGGCUUCUAGUCUAUGAGUUUGUCCCCAACGCAAGUCUAGAUCAAUUUAUAUUUGAUCUAAUCAAGCGUGCAGAUUUGGAUUGGGAUACCCGAUACAAAAUUAUAAAAGGCAUUGCUCGAGGAAUUCUUUAUCUCCAUGAAGAUUCUCGUCUUAGAAUUAUUCAUCGUGAUCUUAAAGCUAGUAAUAUUUUGUUAGAUGAAGAAAUGAAACCUAAAAUUUCAGAUUUUGGCAUGGCAAGGUUGUUCAUAAUUGAUCAAACUCAAGCGAACACAAGUCGAAUUGUGGGAACCUAUGGAUAUAUGGCUCCGGAAUAUGCAAUGAAUGGACAUUUUUCUGUCAAGUCUGAUGUUUACAGUUUUGGAGUGUUACUCCUGGAGACAAUAAGUGGACAGAAAAAUAAUUGUUUCCAUAAUGGAGAUGAUGUAGAGGACCUUUUAUCCUUUGCAUGGAAAAAUUGGAAGGAAGGCACAGCUUUGAAUGUUGUAGAUGGCUUGAUGAGAGGUGUUUCAACAAGUGAGAUAUUGAGAUGUAUUCACAUAGCAUUGUUGUGUGUUCAAGAAAAUGCAAACGACAGACCAACAAUGAAUUCAAUUGUUCUAAUGCUUAAUAGCAACUCUCUCACUCUCCCACUACCCUCACGCCCAGCAUUUUUUAUGCAUAGUACCCUUGGACCAGACAUGUCAUUGGAAUCAGAUUACAGUUCCAGGUCCACAUAAUCAGAUAAACAUGAUAUUCAUCACUCUAGAAGCGAAAGAACUAGUUUUGUCAAAGCGUCAACAAAUGGUGCUUCAGUUACUGAAGGAUUCCCUCGGUGGUAACAUAUGUGAUAUUACAUCUCUAUAUAUAGUGAAUAUGUUUAUUGUAAAAUUAAAUGAAUAUCAUCCAUACAUGGUUUAUUUGUUUUAA